AAAUCUUUCAUGAGGUGUAUCAGAUUUAGUUUCAUUUGUUUCUCGUUUCUAGGUUAUUAAAUCAAACAAAAUCAAUAAUUCUCAACCAUGAUGAAGUUACCAGGUGUUGAUGAUAAAUUGCAGAAGUUUUUGGUUUCAAAUAAAGAUGAAGUUGAUGCUAGAAGACAAGCUCGUGAAGCCUUUAAGGAUAUUCAGCUUAAUAUUGAUCAUAUAUUGUUUAAGACUUCAUGUGAUGGAUUAGAAACGAAAGAGUCUUAUGAGGUGAAUUCAAGAGGGAUAGAGAUCUUUUGGAAAAGCUGGAUUCCCAAAGAAUCUAAGCCAAAAGCAACCGUUUUUUUCUGUCAUGGAUAUGCAGACACUUGCACUUUUUUCUUUGAAGGAAUAGCUAGAAAACUUGCAUCAUCUGGAUAUGGAGUUUUCGCUAUGGAUUUUCCAGGAUUCGGUCUUUCAGAAGGUCUUCAUGGAUAUAUUCCAAGUUUCGAUAAGCUUGUUGAUGAUGUCAUUGAGCAGUACUCCAAAAUCAAAGAAAAUCCAGAGUUCAAAUCUCUUCCAAGUUUUCUUUUUGGGCAAUCAAUGGGUGGAGCUGUUGCAUUAAAGAUACAUCUUAAACAACCAAAAGCAUGGAAUGGUGCAAUUCUUUGUGCACCAAUGUGUAAAAUUUCAGAGAGCAUGGUUCCACCAAAGUUGGUUGUUCAUAUGCUAACCGCAAUGGCAAAUGUUUUCCCGAAGAAGAAGUUAGUUCCAAUGAAAGAUAUGGGAGACGCGGCAUUCAGAGAACCAAAGAAAAAGAAACAGACGGAAUAUAAUGUUAUUAGUUACAAGGAUAAACCGCGCUUGCGCACCGCGGUAGAACUACUUAAAACUACAGAAGAAAUCGAACAAAACUUGGAAGAAGUGACUCUACCAUUAUUAAUCCUUCAUGGAGAAGCUGAUACUGUGACUGAUCCAUCAGUGAGCAAAGCAUUGUAUGAAAAAGCAACUUCUUCUGACAAGAAACUUGAGCUUUACAAAGAUGCUUACCAUGCUCUAAUUGAGGGUGAACCUGAUGAAAGAGUAAUUCAAGUUCUUAAUGACAUCAUUUCUUGGCUUGAUGAGCACAGCUUGAAACAAAAUAUUUAAUCUUCCUCUUAAUAUUGAUGAUGUGGUUACAUAAGAAAGAAAGAAAGAAACACUAUCAUUUAUCUUGUUCUCUUACAAUAUUUUUUGUUACAUUCAAUUAUACCUGACCAUACUUAAUGGUGUAUAUGAAUAACAUACAAUGUUUAUAUCCUUACAUAAGAAAUAAACACAAUCAUUCAUGUUCUUUUAAA